AUGCCGCGGAGGGUUCGUAAAUUGAACAAUCUCACCACCAACAGUGUUGACUGGUUGAACUAUGUCAACGCAUCAGAUUUGGAUAAUCUAUCCCACACAAAAAAGCGUCGUAUUGCACAUCGAGAUAGCGUGUACGACCUACCCGUCUCCCCAGAACGACCCCAAAAAGCCCGUCAGACCGAACCAAAAACCACUACAAGGAUUCUGAGAAGUAAAGCGCACCCGGGUGUUGCACAAACUGAGUCAUCGUCAAGCUCUUUUAACAACGAAGAAGACCGGGAGCCCAAUGAUGCCGAAUCUGAGUUAGACGGAGGCAACUCCGAGCCAAACAACAGCGAGUCUGCACCAAUCCAAACUGAACACGACAACAACGGAGAGGAGGAUCAGGCGGAAAUCCGCCAUAAUUCGGGUAGUGAGGAUGAGCUAGAUCCUUUCCUUCGACCGAUUGAACUGUUUGAAAGAUAUGGAGAACAAGGUGAAGGAUAUGAAGACAAGCACGGGGACAAAGAUGAAGACGAAGAUGAAAGUGAAGACCAAAAUAGAGACGAAGCUACAGAUGAAUCCGACAACAGCUCUGGUGGUUAUUCCUCGUCCGAAGAUCAGACGAAGUCAACGUCCACUCGCAUCCCCAGAGUUUCCGUCGAGGUGCAAAUCUCUAAUAGUACAGUGCAAAACCAAAAGGAAUUCUCAAAUUCGAUACAUGCGCCGAACAGUGAUCUACAAUCCUCCCUGGUUGCUCCAUCUCCGCAGGAGAUACCCGAGACACUAGGAGACCAUCAAUCCCUUCCCCAUGAACUUCCCGCAAACACCCAUCCGAUUUUCAUCUGGCUGAGCGAAACCAUACAAGAAUCUGGAUUUAAAGAAAUUUGGGAAACCAUGGUCAACACACGGAAAAUAACCAAAUCACAAGCCGACCCCUCGAUGAAAGAACGAUUCAAUCAUAUCAGAAAGAUGACUUACCGACUCCGAGGUUUCUAUAAGACCAUGACUGAAACCGCUACCCCAGAAAUUUCUACCCAGAGAGAUUGGAGGAAGCAGUGUAGUCUAAUUGCCAACAACAUAUUCAAGGAGAUUCAAUGGAUUAUCUACGACGAAGCCCAAAGCGACGAAGUGGAGGGUGCAAUGCUAGUCCAACAACUUGAGGCCCAUAUUGUGCCAUUGCUGAUUGAGCUGGUUCUUUUCGGUUUCCAGACGUACAUGGCCAAGGGCGAUUGGACGACACGUCAUUUCUGCAUUUCUCUCGAUCUACUUUGGGGAUGCAGUUAUAAAAUAUCCACUUUUGCUGAUAUGGCCUCCCAGAUGGGAUGCGACUUCGCGGGCCCAUCUCAAAAGCUAAUGCCGCGCGUGAAAACCAUCAAAGAUGCAGUGAAUGCUGGAAGACUGUGCAAGAGCGCGCGCGGAAUGCCCCACAGGCAUCCAACAUACAAGCACUUCAACCUGACAGAGGUGGACAGUCAUAUUUCUUGUGGGCCAUGGACCAGAGUGGAGAAGGAUGCACUCCGAAGUGCAUUUGAGAGUGCCCGAAUGGAUGGAUUGAAUGGAGAUGCUUUAUACAUCGAUAUCAAAUGUGACAUUCGGUAUGGUACUUUGUUCUUUGAGCGCAUUCUGCGACAGGUUAAGGCCGAAGCUAUCGAGCUCCGGCUGGAUGAGGAUUGA